AUGUCCACACCACCAGAGCCCAUAGCGGUCGUUGGCGUCGGAUGCCGCUUCCCAGGGGGCUGCAAUACGCCAUCCAAGUUGUGGGAUCUCGUAUGCGAGCAACGAGACAUACAAUCAAAGAUCCCUACCGAACGAUACAACAGUGACGCCUUCCAUCACGAGGACGGGUCGAAACCAGGAUGCACCAACGUCAGUCAUGGCUACUUCCUCGACGAAGAUAUCAGAGCAUUCGACGCAGCCUUUUUCAGGAUGAAUCCAGCUGAAAUAGAAGCAGUGGACCCUCAACAACGCAUGUUACUUGAGACCGUCUAUGAAGCCCUCGAAUUUGCCGGUAUCACAAUGGACCAACUUCGUGGUACAGAUACAGCCGUAUACGUUGGCUGCAUGACCAGCGACUACACCGAAAUGCUCUUACGGGAUCCUCUCGACUUUCCAAAGUACAUGGCACCAGGAACGGCCAGGUCUAUCUUGUCGAACAGAAUAUCGUACUUCUACGACUGGCAUGGACCUUCUAUGUCUAUCGAUACCGCAUGCUCGGCAAGUCUUGUGGCAAUACACGAGGCAGUGCAAGCACUUCGAUCCGGCGUGUCUAGAGUCGCCUGUGCGGCCGGGUCGAACGCCAUUCUGGGUCCGGAAAACUUCAUCAUCGAGUCCAAGCUGCAACUCUUGUCUCCAACAGGGCGAAGUCGCAUGUGGGACGCUGCGGCAGAUGGAUACGCACGUGGCGAAGGAGCGGCAGCGUUGAUCAUGAAGAAGCUAUCCCACGCCCUUGCCGAUGGAGACGAAGUCUACUGCAUCAUCCGAGAGACAGGCGUCAACUCCGAUGGUCGUACGAACGGAAUAACGAUGCCCUCUGCGGAAGCACAGGCCGCGUUGAUUCGGCAAACAUAUGCUCGUGCUUGCUUGGACCCGCUCAAGGAUGGGUGCCAGUACUUUGAAGCUCAUGGAACUGGUACGCAGGCCGGUGACCCACAAGAGGCGCGUGCCAUUCACGAAGUUUUCUUCCCUGAAACCCGAGAUACAGCUGAAGUUCUUUACGUUGGGUCGGUGAAAACUGUCAUAGGACAUCUCGAGGGUGCUGCUGGCGUAGCAGGGCUUAUCAAAGCUGCUGAGGCGGUGCGAAGAGCUAUUGUACCUCCGAACAUGCUUCUGCAGAAGCUCAAUCCAGCCAUUGAGCCAUUUUGCAAAAACCUCAAGGUGCCAACGCAGUCCUCACCAUGGCCACACUUAUCCCCAGAUGCCCCGAGACGGGCCAGUGUGAACUCAUUCGGUUUUGGCGGCACCAAUGCCCAUGCGAUUAUUGAAAGCUACGAAAGCCAUCCAGUCAUAGUAAAAGGAUCGCCGAUCCAUGACCUACCUCCAUCACCAGUGCUACUGUCUGCAAAUUCGGACCUGUCUCUAAGGGCUCAAGCGACAGCACUCGCUGAUUUUCUCGAGUGCAAUGAGUCCAUCCCUUGGAAUGACUUGCUGUAUACUCUACAAUCCAAGCGGAGCCAGCAUUCCGUGCGAACGGCCGUGUCAGCGACCUCUAGAGAAGAUCUUCUCCGCAAGAUCAGAGCCACCGCACAAUCUAACGGAACUGUCAGCACCAGCACCAGCAUGACACAACCAUCUUCUAGCUUCCGCUUUCUUGGUGUCUUUACUGGACAAGGUGCACAAUGGGCUACGAUGGGUAGUGAGCUGUUGAGGACCUCCUUGACAGCACAGCAAUGCUUCGAGAGGCUCGAUACUUCUUUAUCUUCACUCCCAGACGCGCCAGAUUGGACUCUCUCUGAUCAAUGCCGCGCUGGGAGUGACACCUCUCGACUUGGCGAAGCGGCAAUCGCACAGCCACUCUGUACUGCAGUACAGAUCAUGGUUGUCGAUCUCUUAAAAGAAGCCGGUGUCAAUUUGGUCUCAGUUGUAGGUCACAGCUCUGGAGAGAUCGCUGCUGCGUACGCCGUGGGUGCUAUCUCCGCACAUGAUGCCAUCCGUAUUGCCUAUUACCGUGGCCUCUAUGCCCCGAUUGCUAGAAGUCAGAAUGGGCAAAAAGGCGCCAUGAUGGCUGUAGGCUUGUCGUACGAGGAGGCUUGCGAGCUUUGUGAAGGAGAAUUCGCCGGACGUGUGGACGUCGCGGCCUGGAACUCAGACACAAGCAGCACCUUAUCCGGUGAUGAAGACGCCAUCUUGGAGAUCAAAGCUAGGCUCGAGGACGGAGACGUCUUCGCUCGCUUGCUCAAAGUCGAUACCGCAUAUCACUCGCACCAUAUGGUGGCGUGCUCGGGUGCGUAUACCAAGGCAUUGCGAGCCUGCUCGAUCAAGCCCCAUCGUCCCAGAAGAGGUUCUGCAUGGUUCUCCAGCGUCUAUGGCGGACGUGUGCAGGGUGAUCAUCUCAUUUCAAAGCUAUCUUGCGAGUAUUGGGUCGAUAACCUGCUCAGCCCGGUCAUGUUUCACGACGCCAUCGAGACUGUGGCUUACGGAGACCUGCUCUGCAAUGCUGCGAUUGAGAUUGGGCCACAUCCGGCCUUAAAGACCCCUGUGACGCAAACAUAUCAGCGGACCAUCAAUCAUCAGCUUUUCUACUACGGAACACUUCUCCGUGGUCGUAACGACGUCGAAGCACUUAGCGAGACUUUAGGAUCGCUUUGGAUCCAGCUUGGGUCCAACGCGGUGGACUUUGCUCAGUACAACCAGACUUUCUUCGGGACAAACCCGAGGCCCAGGCUGGUCAGACUGCCAGGCUAUAUGUGGGAUCAUAGCAGACAAUUUUGGAAAGAAGGACGCAAGUCACUAAUGUACCGCACACAAAAUGAGAAGUCGCACCCGUUGCUGGGCAAACGUGCUGUGGACGACCUGGACGAGGAAAAGCGUUGGGAGAACUACUUACGACUGCAGGACUUGCCCUGGCUUUUCGGACAUGUUGUUCAGGGCCAGGUAGUAUAUCCAGCUGCGGCAUACUUGGUGAUGGCGCUCGCUGCAUCCCGAACGCUUGUCUCACCCGAGCAGGUGGCUUUUUACGAGCUUUUCGACGUAACGAUUGAGGCCGCCAUUCUACUUGGGGAGAAUGAUGCCAACGUCCAGACGUUGUUCACGCUGAACACUGUGACAGUCAAGGAUGAUGAACCACACUUUCAGGCUGAGUGGACCUGCCGCUCGGCAUCCGGUGAAGACAGCAGAGCAAAGUGGCGUGUCAAUGCGAAAGGCAAGGUGAGAGUCUUACUGAACAGCGAACAUGAUGAGAAGCUACCUCCACGUAUCACCCCUGCUCAGUCGCUAUUGACCAGCGUGAGCUCGGAGAGGCUGUAUGACAACAUCGAAGGAUUGGGUCUGUCUUAUUCAGGGCUCUUCCGACGUUUGGAAGAUGUGAAGAGAAGGUCGAAAUACGCCACGGCUACACUGACAGGCCUUGAUACUACGGACCCGAUACAUCCAGCUAUCCUUGACUCAACAUUUCAGCCACUUAUCGCUGCAAUGGCUUAUCCAGGAGAUGGCUCAAUGACGUCUGCUUGCGUACCGACUCAUAUCGGGCGCAUACGAAUUGCCGGCUCUCAGCAAAUGGCAAAGAGUGGCAGGCGCUUGAUCGUGGACACUUUUGCGACGGCAUCGAGUGCGCGCUCCUUCACUGGCGAUGUUGAUCUGUACGAUGCUGAGAGCGGAGAUGCAUUGAUGCAAGUGGAGAGCAUUACAUGCACAACUUUGAGCCAGCCCGGCCCGAACGACUACAAAGAGCUUUACACGCAAGACGUUUGGGAACUGGACAUUGGAAGCGGUGUUACAAUUGACCAAAACGGCCGGAGAGAUAAGCCAGAAGAGCUGGAUCUUCUGAUUUUCCAAGAGCGUCUGGCAUAUUCUUACCUCAGAAGGUUCUAUGAAACAUUUUCGAAGACCGAAGUAUCCUUGAUGGAACCGUAUUUCACCAAAAUAUUUGAGUGGCUUGAUAAACUUUUGCCACUCAUCGCCGCCGGCCGACAUCCGACUGUCAAGGCAGACUGGGCGGAGGAUGAUCACGAAGUGCUGCUGCAAGAAGCUUCGAAAUUGCCUGACAGACCUGAAUUGACAUUGCUCCAGGCUGUCGGUGAGCACUUUGCGUCCGUUGCCCGGGGCGAAACUACCAUGCUCGAACACAUGAUUAAAGACAACAUGCUUGAGCGAACAUACACGGAGAUGGUUGGUGUUCCAUACCUCACCUCUUCUAUCGGCAAGGUGGCGCAUCAAAUCGCUCAUCGUUAUCCUCGAAUGAAUAUUCUCGAAAUAGGUGCAGGCACAGGCAGCUUUACCAGUGGCAUACUACAGGGUCUAGGGUCGACUUUUGACGCCUACACAUAUACAGAUAUCAGCUCUGGAUUCUUUGAGAGCGCUGGAAAGCGCUUUCAGGAAUGGUCUCACAAGAUGGUGUUCCGGCAACUGAAUAUCGAAGGGGAUGUUGAAUUACAGGGUUAUCGACACAACGACUAUGAUAUGGUAGUGGCAGCGAAUGUGCUACAUGCAACCAAGUCAGUGAGUCAGACGCUGAACAACGUUCGACAACUCUUGAGACCCGGGGGCUACCUCCUCCUAGUCGAGUGGACUGGGGACAACCUUGGUCGUUUCAUGACCUACGCUGGCCUGCCUGGCUUCUGGCUUAGCGAGGACGGACGACACGACGGUCCCACACUUAGUAAGAGCGAGUGGGACCAGCAUCUGCAGCAGGCGGGAUUCUCUGAGAUUGAUACCUGGAUUCCAGACAUGGCCGAUGCUUCCAAGCACCUCAGCUCCCUUAUGGUCGUGCAGGCGGUCGAUCGAGACAUAAACAUAAUGCGUUAUCCGCUCACGGCCAAUGCAAAUCCACUCACAGGACAUGCUAUCACGAUCGUUGGCGGACAUACGACUGGACUCGACAAAUCGAUCAAAGACUUACUGACCAGCAGCUCUCCGGGCCCUGAUAUUCACCUAGUCGACAGCUUGGCCGAACUGGCGGAUGAGGAAGUUCUCCCAGCCUCAUUGAUAUGCCUCGAGGAUCUGGAUAGACCGAUCUUACAGGAUCUGACAGAAGCCACUCUACUGGCGCUGCAACGGAUUCUGCCGAACUGCCGACACAUAGUAUGGGUUGGCCAUGAAGGCCGCUUUGCCAACUUGUCGAUGGGACUCUGUCGAUCACUGGCCAACGAAUAUGGUCAUGUGGCCUUGCAAUUUCUAAAGGUCCAUGAUCCCAGCGAUCUGAAGCUGUCUAGACCCAUUGCUGAGUCUAUGGUACGCAUUAUAUACUCUUCGAUCUGCAGUCACGCGCCAUCCUGGCUGUGGAGUUCGGAGCCAGAGCUGGCGAUCGAUCAGCACAUUCGGCUUUCUAUCCCUCGAGUAUUUCCAGACACCGUCUUGAACGAUCGCUUCAACGCUAAUACACUGUCCAUCAAAAAAUCCGUUCAACUCAACAGUCAGGCAGUCACAAUCAAGUGUGCCCACGACGCAUUUGAGAUCAGCAAGGUUGACAUAACCGAACGGCCGCACAUUCGCAUCACGUAUGCUCUGCUCCAGCCAAUUAACAUCUCAGGAGAUAGCUACUUUGUCAGCUAUGGGGGCGCAGCGCAUCGAGAAGAUGACAUCCGGGUGGUAUUGUCACCGACAUGUAGCUCAUCGGUCCCCAUAUCCAAAGACUACACCGUGGCUGUAAGCCACCACGCAAAUGCAGCAAGCCACCUCCCAAUCAUUGCAAGCAGGAUGCUCGUGCAGCGGUUCUUGCAAAACCUUAACACAAAUCGACGCCUGGCAAUCAACGAGCCAGACGAAAUUCUCGGGGCCGAGCUGCUGCGUGCGGCUGCAGAGCGCGGCAUCAAGACAGUCUGCUUCUCCAGCCAAGGGAAGCCAGGCUGCACAUCAUUGCAUGCUCUAGCAACGAAUCGGGUCCUAAAUAACGCCCUCCCUCGUGAUGUGGCAACUUUUCUUGAUUUUGCACCUGAUCAGACGGACCGAUGGGCUAGAGUGCUCCCGGCUCGCUGUACCUAUUUCACUGUUGAGGACCUCUGGAAAAGUGAACUCUCCUUCGAAGAUUUCGCCAGCAUCACGACCAAGGUCUUUCACGAGGAUCUUCCAGGAGUUGAAAUUGCCGAUUUGAUACCUGUCUCCGAUGUAUCCAGCAUUACUCCAGGAGAUGUCUCAUACUCCAGCGUCGUCGAUUUCUCUGCAGCCAUACAUAUCAAUGCUCUACUGCCGCCUACAGACUACAGCCAAGUGGUGCGUGACGACGGUACGUACUUCAUGGUCGGCUGUGCAGGUGGUCUCGGUCGCGCCGUGUGCUCGUGGUUAGUGGACCAAGGCGCACGAUAUCUCGCACUUGUCAGCAGGAAUGUAUUGUCAAUCGAUAAAGCUUGGCUGAGCGAGAUCGAAGGGAAGGGCGCGAAAGUGCAGCUGUGUCAAGCCGAUGUAGCAGACAUGGACUCGCUGAGUUCAGUCCUCGCGAAACUCAGAGCAGACAUGCCACCAAUCGCGGGUGUUGUACAUGCCGCAAUGGUAUUGAAGGACAAGGCUUUUGGGGGCUGCAACGUCGACGACUUCGCCACUGUGUUUGGGCCAAAGGUCAAGGGCACCCUAAAUUUGCACUCCUUGUUCAUCGAUGAACCACUGGAUUUCUUCAUCAUGUUCUCGUCGAUCGCAAGUCUACUGGGCAGUCCGGGCCAGUCAAAUUAUGCUGCAUCAAACUUGUGCAUGACGGCAGUUGCGGCAGAGCGACGAGCAAGAGGUCUCAGUGCUUCUGUCAUCCACAUUGGCGCGGUGACAGGAUUAGGCUACGUCCUGAACUCUGACAUUGAACGCAAGUUGCUGACCAAUUACGAUACGCCAAUGCCUAUCAGUGAGACAGCAUUUUUGGACAUCUUCGCACAGUCGAUCUUGAUCGGAAGACCCGAUUCAGGCCACUCUCCAGAAGUCAUCACUGGAGUGCCGCGAUACAACCGGGAUACGGUAUCGGAGAGCAAAUACGGGACCAAUCCUAGGCUCUCCCACCACAUUGUAGAGCAGACGACGUCCAGAACCGAAGCUUCUGCUACUGCUGUCAGCGUCCGCCAGUCAGUGGAUGAUGCCCUGAGCCAGGAAGAAGCAGCUCUCAUUAUUCAACGCGCCUUCUGCGCAAAGAUGGAGAAGACUCUGCAAAUGCCGGCAGAUGCUAUCGACUGUGCUCAACCACUUAUGAAUCUCGGUGUUGAUUCUCUUAUCGCCGUCGAGAUUCGUUCUUGGUUCUUGAAGCAGCUGGACGUCAGUCUCCCUGUCCUUAAGAUUCUGGGCGGCAGCUCUGUUGGUGACAUAUGUUACGAGGCGGCUUCGAAGGCUUUCACCGCCUCGAGCAAGGCGCGUCUUGACUCAACAGGCCACGAAAUACCAGUAUCGCCGCCCACUACGUUCCUCAGAACUCCAUCGGACAAGCAAGACGAUUCCGGCUCAGAAUUGCGCGAGGAUGUGCAGUCUAGUCCGCCGAGCAGCGUUUCCCAAGACUCGGACACCGAGCGCACCGACCGCGAAGGACCACUUGGAUACGAGCAGAAGAAGAUAUGGUCUGCGGUAGAGACCUACCGGGAUCCUGCGUUAUGCAAUCUUGCAGUCAUAUUCAAAAUAGCCGGCCAGCUGGAUCUGAUCAAGCUCGAACAGGCCGGUCAACAAGUAGUCCAACGGCAUGAAAUCUUGAGAACUAAAUUUGAACAAGAUACGUCCACUGGUGAAGUAACGCAGUACGUUAUGGCGCACAAGAGCACUCGACUAAGCGUGGAUCCAACUAUGACGCCGCAGGCGGCUUUCGAAGUCGUUCGCUCUCAUGUCUUUGAUCUGAGUGCUGGAGAGACCAUGAAGGCGAUCGCUGUCCCGAAUGAAGGCCACGUUUUCCUCGCGAUAGCGUGGCAUCAUCUCGUCUUUGAUGGUUUCAGUCCAGUACCAUUCCUGCGAGACUUAAACAUUGCCUAUUUUGGCGGAACUCUACCACGUCUGAAGUAUCAGUAUCUGGACUUUGUUCAUGAUCAGUUGCAAAAAGUCUCUCAAGUCCAAGACAGUUUGGCGUACUGGACUUCAGAAUAUCGACACCUACCGAGCACACUUCCUCUGUUCCCAUUUGCGAAGACGAAAGUGCGUCCAACAAUAUCUUCACAGAGACCGAAGCCGCGACCAACUGUGGAAAAAACGUUGUCUGCUCAUCUGUGUGCCGCUAUCAGGAGCGUUUCCCGAAACGUAGGUGCCACCCCCUUCCACGUUUACUUGGCCGGGCUCCAGGCUCUCUUCUACAGCAUGCUGUCCGUGCAAGACGUAUGUAUAGCAAUCCAGGUCAACAAUCGCGAAGCGGAGUCCGACGACAAUAUCGGAGAAUUUGGCGAUCUCCUGCCCAUCAAGUUCCAACCCCAGGACGAUUUCGCACAGCAGGUUCGACAUACCAGGGACAAGCUGCAAGCAGGGCUGCACGCUAAUAUACCACGUCAACUCAUCAUGGCCGCUCUGGAAGGAACGGAAUUGCAUCGUCAUGGAUCGCUCUAUCAGGUUUCAGUCAAUUACAUGCCCAGCCCAGUACAGGAUAUAACGCUAGGUGGGCAUAAAGCCGAACUCUUGAACUACAAUCGGGUCGGUGCAUACGAUCGCGACCUCGAUUUGGAGUUGCAGGACGUCGGCAAUGGUCGCAUGCUCUUGGUCCUGCGAGGCCGGCAGGACUUGUAUGAUGAAAGUGGCAUACAGACACUAUUGACUGUCUAUGAGCGCAUUCUUUCACUGCUCGUAGAGGACACGUCGCGAUCCGUCUCGGAGCUACCUAUAUCCUCCACACCGGGCGACGAUCUGUCCUUACGUGGGUAG